AUGAAUGAUCCAAGAGAUUCUUUCUAUAUUCAUCAUUUGCAUGCACACGGAAAAUACGAUUGCACCACCGUGCGCAUUCUUCUCGAUGGUGGCAGUUCUGACAACUUCAUUCAGAUGGAGAAGAUUCCGAAAAGGAAAUCUCAAUCCAAUCGCUGGGUGAAUAACGAGUGA